ACGGUCGCGGCAUUACGCCCUGUCAAACUUCGUUCGUUUGCCGCUAUUUGCCGCUCGGCCUUCCUUCGGUCUGGAAUGGAAAAUUAAAGUUACAAACUCGUGCGGCUCUUUCCGAUUCUGUUCUGUUUUUCGCUCAAUAACCCAAACGUUCUGCCAGCGUGAUAAAACACACAUUUCUAGUUUUAUUCGCGCUCAUUGCUGUGUGUUUGCUAUCGGCGUUUGUUUGUGCAUUGUUUCGUGCAAGUGUGAAAAGUGCUUAGUGCUUGUGUGUGUGUGUGUGCGUUUGUUUUAUCCAGUGUGUUUUGUGGUGGUGUACAAGAACGUUGUUAUAAGGUUAGGGGGAAAAGUGUAAACAUAUUCAUCUGCUGCUGCACACUACUACCCAAAGAUUACUGUUCCUGUGUGUACCGUGGAAGCCAUCAGCAAAAGUCCUGAGUUGCGCCGCCCAUCCAAGCAACCGGAAAAUCUAUUCUGCCUCGGAAAACGGCCCCCCAAUUGCGGUGAAAAACCAUCCUCGACCGGAAACGCACCGUUCUGAAUCUCUCAUUUCCGUCUGAAAGUGUCCUAUUUCAUCAACAAAAAACCACACACAACAUGCCAGUAGACGAGGAGCGUACAGUCAUACCGGAUGUGCCCCGGGGACCGCUGUGUGAUUACCGUUCGAAGGCACAGUUUAACUGGAAAGAUUUUAGGCUAGUGCUAGAAGAUAAGGAGCUGGUUAAGAUCAAAUACGACAUAUGGCGCCGAUUAGAGAGGGAACCCCUGUUUGCCCCGGUCACGUCCACGCUGUCGGUCGAUCAGCAGAAGGAACGGGCGGCCCGCCAGGUGAACCGUAUCGCCGAUCUGGAGCUCGCCCCGCCCGAAAUCUACUCGAAGCCGUACAAGUACCGGGUGCGCUAUCUCAUGAGCAUCAACGAAGCGCUGCACGCGGUCUGCCCUAGCCUGUCGGUCAAGAUAGCGCUCGGCGUGGGGCUGUUCACGAACUCGCUGCUAGCGAUGGGUACCGACCGGCACCAGGAGAUCUACAACCAGGCGUGGAACCGGGAGAUCAUCACCUGUCUAGCGAUUACGGAGGUUUCCCACGGCAGCAACACGAAGCGCUGUCGUACGACGGCCACGUACGAUCCGGCCACGCAAGAGUUUAUCAUCCACACGCCCGAUUUCGAGGCGGCUAAAUGUUGGGUGGGCAAUUUGGGCAAAACCGCCUCGAUGGCGCUGCUGUUUGCCAUCCUCUACACAGCCGACGGGGAAAACCAUGGGCUGCAGGGCUUUCUGGUGCCGAUACGGGACCCAAAAACGUUGCUGCCCUAUCCCGGCGUGACGGUGGGCGAUAUUGGCGAGAAGAUUGGGCUGAACGGCAUCGACAAUGGGUUCGUGAUGUUCAACCACUAUCGCAUACCGCGGGAGAAUCUGCUUAACCGUACCGGGGACGUGACGCCGGAAGGUGUGUACGAGAGUACGUUCAGUGAGCCGGGCAAAAUCUUGGGCGCCGUGCUGGAAUCGUUCUCGGCCGGACGGUUGGGCAUCAUGCAGGAGUCGUCAAAUACGCUGUCGCAUGCGGCCGUGAUUGCGGUGCGGUAUGCGGCGCUGAGAAAACAGUUCGGCACGGAUAGGAACGGUCCGGAGCAGUCGAUCAUUGAGUAUCAGUUACAUCAAUGGCGCAUCUUCCCCUAUCUGGCCGCUGCCUGCGUACUUAAGGUGUCCGUGUUUGCCAUGACCGAGAUCUAUCUAGAGACGGUGCAGAAAUCGCAGGCGGAAUCGAACGGGUUCGAGCUGCUGACGCAGAUCGUGUCCGAGAUACACGCGCUUGUGUCGUCCUCGAAGCCGCUCGUCACGUGGACGGCUCGUGAUGCGAUUCAAGAGUCGCGCGAAGCGUGUGGCGGCCAUGGCUAUCUACGGGCGGCCAAUUUGGGCGAGCUGCGCAAUAACCACGAUCCUAGCUGUACUUACGAGGGGGACAAUAAUGUGCUUGGGCAGCAGGCUUCAAACUGGCUCAUCCGUCAGUGGAAGAAUGCGAAGGUGGAGAGUCCGGUCGGGACGGCUAGUUUUAUUACGCGAAGGGAUGCUAUACUGAGCGGCGAUUACGAUGCACUGUUACGUACGGGAGUGCCGCUCGAAAGCACGGAAUUUGUCAGUCAGUGUUACGAAUGGCUAAUGUGUUGGCUGCUGAAGCAAAGCGUAGCUCAGAUGGAAGAAGCGAGUAAGGCCGGCGUGGACACGUUUACCGCACGCAACAACUGCCAGGUGUACCGUGCGAGGGAUCUAAGCCGUGCGUACGCCGAGUAUUACGCAUUAGAGAGUUUCAGAUCCCGUUGUGCUCGAGGGGAUGUAAGCGCAGAUCUGAAGCCGGUGCUGUUCCGUGUCUAUUUAAUCUACGGUAUGUGGUGCCUCGACCGACACAUGACCACCUUCUACGCCGGUUCGUUCGCUAAGGGAUCCGCAUUUGCGGAUGCAGUGCGCGGUACCCUGCUGCGGAUGUGCGGCGAGCUGAAGGACUCUGCCGUAGCGAUUGCCGAUGCGCUCGCUCCACCGGACUGGGUGCUAAACUCGGUAAUCGCCAAAUCGGACGGCCGGCUGUACGAGAACAUUCAGUCAGUAUUCAUGACCAAUCCGGGUGCGCUCGAGCGAGCCUCCUGGUGGAAGGACGUUAUACCGUCUAAGCUGAAGGCCAAGCUGUAAGCUGUGCGCGGGUGGCCGGAAUCAGAGUCAGGGUUUUAGAGCAGCGAACGGUCCGAUGUUGCAUCGGGAAGAGUAUGCAAAGUAUUUUACGGGUUUUCUUUUUGUAUGUUUUAUAGUAUUUUUUAAACUGCUUUGUAUUUGCGCUCGGCAAAGGCGAGCCACCGUACCGUCGUAUUCGUGCAAACCAACCAGUAUAUAGUGCAAUUUCGGACGUGACGUUUCAUCGAACCCUUUACAUUUGGUCGUAAAAGUGUAAACUCGUACAUAGAUGUUUCCCUGUUAAACGUGUAUAGUAGAUGUGUGUGUGUAUGAACGUUAGGCAAAUCACACAGAAUAUUCAGAACUCGUACUUGCGUUUGGGGCAGAGCGGAACAGCGGUUUUGGUAUCCGUUUGUUUGCAUUUUCUUGUUCGAUUCGAUGUAUUCUAGUUGUUAGUGAACGACGAGACUCCUCAGUAACUUUGUAACAUGUUCCUCCCAUACCGUUUAGCAGCGGAAAUGCGCUCCAGCUACCCCUCAUUUUUAAUUUGUUUGAUGUGUUCUACUACUGUUUUGAUGAAAUCUCUUGUUAGUUGUUUCAUAUCCUUCCUCAAACCUGGAGGCCUCGGCACGCCUCACCCGCAAGCAGGACAAAUCAAUUUGUGAAAAGAAAAUGUGUCUUAUCUAUAUUAUAUAUUCGUACAUCUUUAUCACGAGAAUAGUAAAAAAAAAGGAAACAAAAACCAGCCUAGCUAGAGAAUGUCUACCGACUAAUGUAAUUGGAUCAAAAUUUAUAGAAAGAGUAGGAUUUACAAUCGUGUAACAGUGGCCAAGGCCUCGAAAACUCUCCAUUGUUCGUCUGUGUGUGUGUGUUAGUCUGUCUAUAAGAGCAUGAUGGAUGUACGUACGUUUAAAGUGUUUGUUGGACGAAGCAGGAAACUGUCUCUCGCUGUCGUUUAGAACGAUCCCUGUUGAUCGGUGGCGUGUUUCACCUUCCCCAAAAAAUCAGCCCACCACAACUCAUCGUACCGCGAUAGUAAUAACCAUGUGAUGAUGUAUAGUGAACCCUUUCUCCCCCCCCCCCCCCCCUUUCCCUCUAUUGAAUGUUAUCGAAUUGAAACUUCCUUUAUGUUCACCAUUGAUGUGUAUGUAUGUAGGUAACAAGUUUUGCGCACUAGCAAGUAGAGCAAGUCCAAGAUCCAAGAGCAACGAUCGCGGAAGGCAGUUUUAAUAAUCGUACGGCCCGUUCUUGUGCAAGCGUGCAAGGUGUGUCAUACGAAGCGAUAGUGAGGAGUAGGGAACGCGGUGCCACGAUGUGUAGGAAAUGUUUAUCUACAUACGAGCAAAAAUAUAUCUAUAUACACAUUCUUAUAUAUACACCAA